UUUUACUGUUCAAAACAGAACCUUCUACUUCAAAACUGCGCCAAAAGAGAAACAAACAAAAUUGAACCACAAAAAUGGAACAUCUUGUUAACUCUUUUUCGGUGUUAGAACUUGAUGCUGAUGACAGCAACAUUCAAUCUCUUUCUCUUCCUUCAGGUAGUAGUGGAAAGAAAGCUAAUGGCAAAGCUUUACCAGCGAAAAAUGAGAAGCAAGAUCAACAGAAUCCAGUGACUUAUUCGUCUGAAUACAGGUUACCUCUUGUCUGGAUUGACUUGGAAAUGACUGGUUUGAAUAUUGAAGUGGAUAGAAUAUUGGAGAUUGCUUGUAUAAUUACAGAUGGAAAUUUAACCAAAUCGGUGGAGGGUCCUGAUUUAGUCAUACAUCAAACUAAGGAGUGCCUUGACCAGAUGGGAGAAUGGUGUACAAGGCAUCAUGCAGCUAGUGGGUUAACAAAAAAAGUGCUUGAAAGUACAAUUAGUGAAAGAGAAGCUGAAAAACAGGUUAUUGCAUUCGUUAAGAAACAUAUUGGGGGUACUUACAAACCUCUAUUGGCAGGAAACUCGAUAUACGUGGAUUUUCAAUAUCUGAAGAAAUACAUGCCAGAAUUGGCGGAGAUCUUUUCUCAUGUGGUUGUCGAUGUUAGUAGUAUUUCAGCUCUUUGCAUUCGCUGGUAUCCUAAAGAUCAGAAGAAAGUGCCUUCAAAAGAAAAACGACACAGAGCCCUGGAUGACAUUAGAGAAAGUAUCGAAGAACUUAAAUACUACAAAGCAAACAUUUUCAAGCCAAGGAUCAAGAAAUGAUAAGGAUUGAUAACAAGACAACAUGUGAAUUUUGAUGGGAAGGUUUCCAAUUCAAGUGUAUAAACAUCAUUGUUAUGACAAGUUUAUGCACCAAGCAAAAAUAGAUCUUGAUAUUGGAUAAAGUGUAUUUUUUGCAGUUGUUGUACAAUCACAUUUAAAAUUAUAUUGAGAACUUUGACAUGAAAAUUUCAAUUUAUGCCCAAAAAAGUGUUUUGUCUA